UAGCCAAAACAAAACACAUCAAUCAAAUUACCUUAAUUACAAUUACUUGCAAUCCAAGCAAUUAAAAAUGGCUUCAUAUUUCAGCAAAUUCGGUCUCUAUGCCUUGCUCGUACUGUCUGUUGUUUCUCUAGCAAGCUCUUCAGCUACUCCACUGCUUUCUUCUACUUACUACAGCAAAAUUUGUCCGAAAGCUUUACCGACGAUUAAACAACUUAUCGAAGCUGCUGUGUAUAAGGAACCACGAAUGGGCGCUUCUUUGUUGCGUCUGCAUUUCCACGACUGUUUUGUUAAUGGGUGUGAUGCAUCACUUCUUUUGGAUUCUUCAUCUACUAUUGAUAGUGAAAAGAAUGCACUUGCUAAUUUAAAUUCUGCUCGAGGAUUUGAGGUUAUCGACCAAAUUAAGGCGGCUGUAGACAAAGUUUGUGGUCGUCCUGUGGUCUCAUGUGCUGACAUUUUAACUCUUGCAGCUCGUGAUUCUGUAGUUGCGCUUGGAGGGCCAACAUGGACCGUGCCUCUAGGAAGAAGAGACUCAACAACAGCAAGCAAGACUCAAGCAAACAAAGACAUUCCCUCACCAUUCAUGGACCUCGCUGCCCUAAUUAAAAACUUCAAGAACCAAGGUCUCAACGAGAAAGAUCUCGUCGCUCUCUCCGGGGGCCAUACAUUAGGGUUUGCAAAGUGUUUAUUGUUCAAAGACCGUAUCUACAACGACACUAAAACCAUCGACCCUAUGUUUGCGAAACAACGUAGAUUGACUUGUCCGAAAACUGGUGGUGACACGAAUCUUGCACCUCUCGAUCCAACUCCGGCACAUUUUGACUCGGCUUUCUUCACCGGCUUGACCCAGAAAAAAGGUCUUCUUCAUUCUGAUCAACAGCUUUUUCUCGGUGGAUCCACCGACGGAUUAGUAAGGACUUAUAGCUAUGAUGUCAAAGCUUUUUCUGCGGAUUUCUCCAAGUCUAUGAUCAAGAUGGGGAACAUAAAGCCAUUAACAGGCAAGCAAGGUCAAAUUCGUACAAAUUGCAGGAAGGUGAAUUAUUACUGAGUAUUACAAGAAUGUUGUUUUUGUGUAGAUUGCUGAAAUUGUGUGUAUAAGGAGAUUGUUUCGUUCCUUUAAGUUAUUUAUUUUUCAUUCAAACAAAUAUUGUGUUGAAUAAGAAAGAAGGUCAAACUCUUCUUUGUGAGAAUAAAAUCAUGUUUUUCAAUGUAUUAAUUUUAUUUGUUUUA